AUGGUUGCGUAUGAUCCACCAUUAUCCAACUUUGAGUAUUCAGAUAAGCAAUACUACGCCUCUCAAGGAAUGCUUGUAAAUCCGUUGGAUAAUUUUGGUCAAUACAUUACGGCUCAAGGCUUUCAGGCUUAUUCAACUGCCUAUAAUACUGCAAUUCCUUUGGGCCCGCAAUCUCUCUACAUUCAAAAUCCAGCGUCGAUUACUGGCUUUCAAAAUACUACGGGUCAUCAAUAUGCGACUCCGCAUAACUUUUCUUUGGUGCCACAGAAUUCAAUGCCUACCCCCAUUCAUAUCAAGACGCGUGUUUAUGUGCCAAAUCAAAUUGUCGGUAUUCUUAUCGGAACUAAGGGUCAGACAAUUAAGAGUGUUAUAGCGGAAUGCAGUGCCAUUAUAAGGAUUGAAGGUGAUCGUGAUCCGACUCCAUCUUCCUCUUCGGUUCAUCAAAACACAAAUAAUUCUGUCGCUGCCAGCCAAGAAAAUAGUUAUAAUAACAACACCAAGAGCACAACUACUUGUGUUGAAGAUCCUUCUGUUAUUACUAGUGAUCAUCAUUCUCAAGAGGUUGGUGAUAACGCUGGUGAUAAAACUUCGAAUGGUCCGAUUGUGGCGCCUGCAGCUGUUGAUUCUUUGGAAACUUGUGAAGAGGUCACUAUUACUGGUCAUGCCAAUGGUGGGCACAAAAAGAAUAAUAUCGUUGCUGGACAUCCACCAGGUCCAGAUCAACGAGGAGUGUUCAUUUCUGGAUAUGACUUUCAAGUUUCUAGGGUUUGCUUUUCAUUUAAUUUACGAUUUAAUUUUUAUCCUUAUUAA